UAACCUUAUGUAUGAAAUAAAUAUCUCCAAUUAAGUGAAGAAAUGGCAAUUUAUUUAUUUAUUUAUUUAUUUAUUUAUUUAUUUAUUUAUCUUUUUCCUCUUUGGUGACUUAUUAAUAGCUUCCUCUGAUGGUUGGCCAGGAUUCUGAAUGACAAUUCCCGUGAAUAAAUGAACUCAUACUGGUGAUCCCAAGCCACUGCAGUGUCAUUUGAGAGUUGCGAGAGCUGAGUCUCUUCUAUGGGAAGCUAAAGGAGUUCAUGUGGAUUGAGAAAAUAUUGGUCUGGGAACUCAACCAGAAUGCUCUGAGAUGCAGGUAAAAUUAGUGUCACCUCUGUUUGCAGAGGCAAUGGAUGGAGCCAACCAAUCUGUGGUAUAUGAGUUUGUGUUCCUGGGACUCUCUAAUUCAUGGGAGAUCCAGCUUCUUCUUUUCUUCUUUUCCUCUGUGUUCUACAUGGCAAGCCUAAUGGGAAAUCUCCUCAUUGUGUUCUCUGUGAGUACUGACCCUAACUUGCACUCUCCCAUGUACUUCCUGCUGGCCAAUCUCUCCUUUCUUGAUGUGGGGUUUUGCUCUAUUGCAGCCCCCAAAAUGAUUUAUGACCUCUUCAGAAAACGCAAAGCCAUCUCUUUUGGGGGUUGUAUAUCUCAGAUCUUCUUUAUUCAUGCUAUUGGGGGAACAGAAAUGGUGCUGCUCAUUGCCAUGGCCUUUGACAGAUAUGUUGCUAUAUGUAAGCCUCUCCACUACCUGACCAUUAUGAGCCCACGAAUGUGCAUUUUGAUUUUGGCUGCAGCCUGGGUCCUUGGCUUCAUCCACUCAGUGGCCCAAUUGGCUUUUGUUGUAGACUUGCCUUUCUGUGGUCCUAAUGUAUUGGACAGCUUUUAUUGUGACCUUCCGCAGCUCAUUAAACUUGCCUGCACAGAGACCAAUAGGCUGGAGUUCAUGGUCACAGCCAAUAGUGGACUCAUCUCUGUGGGUUCUUUCUUUAUACUGAUUAUUUCUUACAUCAUCAUUCUGGUCACAGUUUGGAAACACUCUUCAGGUGGGUUAUCCAAGGCCCUUUCUACUUUGUCAGCUCAUGUCACUGUGGUGGUUUUAUUCUUUGGGCCAUUAAUCUUCUUCUACACCUGGCCCUUCCCCUCAUCACACUUGGACAAAUUUCUUGCCAUCUUUGAUGCAGUUCUCACACCUUUUCUGAAUCCAGUCAUCUACACAUUCAGGAACAAGGAGAUGAAGGCAGCAAUGAAGAAACUCUGUCAUCAGCUUGUGAGUUACAGGAGGAUGUCCUAAGUACUCUAAAGGUUAAAAAAAUUUUACCCACACACUCAAUGACAACAGAAAAAAAUAGAGUAAUUGAAGUUUUAGAUCUCUAUUAACUUUAUGUACUAGGUUACAUUUAAGCAUUUACCACGUCUCUGUGUAUCACCAGCACCUGAAUUAAUUAUGAUAAAGGGAGCUAACAUUGGCACGUCUGUGUUUCAGGCCCUCCUGUGCUGGAUGCUUUAUAGUAAUUAUUUAAUAUUUAUGAAAACUGUGUAGUAAGCAUUUUUAUCUUGAUUUAUAUUGCGGGGGGGAGGGGACAAAGUAAGAAAUUCUUCCUAUUCAUUCUUUAAUUACUGCGGAAAAUGUCUCAAACCAAAGAUAUCACCUUAAUCCACCACUUCCAACAGUUUUAUCCCUCAAAAGGUGCCAAACAGAGAAUGUGUUCAAUGAUUUAGUGUUGGAAAUUAACAUGUUAUUCCUUUUCACUGUGAUACUUUCCUUGCUUUGAACUGGUUAAUGUCCUUUCCUCAAACUAUCUACCAAACUGCCAUAAUACCAAUUGGUUUGAUUUUUUUCCUCUAAGGUAUCUGCUUCCUAUUACCCCAUUCUUUUGGUUACCUAGAGCUGUUGAUUAUAUAUGGAAUUAUGAAAUUUUAGAACUGGAAUUUGAGAUAAUUUGUUCCAACUUUUGUUAAGUGAUAGAUCUAAGGUGAGAAUCAGAUCUCCACAGUUCCCUUCCUAACUCUAUUGAGGAAUAACUGAAAUCUUCAAAUAGAAUUGUAUAUAUUUAAAGUAUACAAUAUGGUAAUUUGAUAUACAUAUAUACUGUGAAGUUAUUACCAAGAUCAAGAUAAUGAACACAAACUAUGAUAAAGUUGUGUUAAUGCCUACUUAUUUUAAAGAUUCUUUAAAAAUGCCAUAUGUGUACUCAUAUCCCAGUUAUUUAGCAAUUUUUGGUAGAUCUUCAUGAUGAAUCUAUCUUCUUAAGCCACUAACAGAUUUCAGAUUUCUUUUUUUCUCAGUUUACCUAUUUUUAAAAAAGUUAUUUUAAUUCCAGUUACUUAACAUACAGUAUUGUAUUCAGGUUUCAGACUUCAUUUAGGAAGUUAUUUCAUUCUUCUAUAUUCACUUUUCUUCUGAUGUUAUUUUGGACUUAUUUAAAAUUGUUCAUUCGUUUGUAAAAUAUAUAUUUACCAGGACAAUUACAGGCUAAGACAUUAGCUUAACCAAGUGAGAGAUAUUUCUUUUUAGCAAAAUUAGCUUUUGGGUGAUGAUUGUUGUUUGUGUAUAACUGUUCCUUUUUCCUCUUCCUCUUGAUAAACUUUGUUUAUACUUAUCUUUCUCCUGGUGACCUCUUAGGGUGCUCCUUUGAAUAUCAGCCUUAUAAAUAUUAUGUGAUCAAAGGAUCACAUAAUAUCACAUGCCUUUCUAUUUGAAAAAUGGAAACUUAGAUGUGCAUUCACUCCAAAUAAAAUUCAGUACAGAUUUAUUAUCACUUUACUUGCCCUUAACUGUGUCGUUUACAAGCCUGGUAGAGACUGCCAUAGCUCCUUCUCAUCCAACACCUUUCUUACUAGCUUUUUAAAGCCCAUUCAUUGUUUUUGUCCACCUGUCACCACCUCUACGUUUACCAACAUUUAUUGAACAUAUAUGUGGCAGGUACUAUCUGAAGUUGUUAACAUAUACCAAUUCAUUUAAUUCUCUC